UUUUGUUGGAGGGACUUUGAUGUUAUACUUGAGCUUAAUUUGGGGGCUUUACAGCGUCUCAAAGUCUGAAAAUAUUGAAUUGGAGAAUGGUUCAGAAGAGACCUAGGACUUCGGUCGCAGCAUCAAAAUUGGUCAGAAUUGAGGAUUCACCAGAAUUUCUUCGAUCUGAGAAACCCAAAUCUAAAAAAUAUGAUCUUUUCUCUUCGACGAACAAGGUCCUUGUGCUUUGCUUGGCAUUUCGAUUUGCAAAUGCGCUUUUGUUGCAGACUUAUUUUAACCCAGAUGAACACUGGCAAGCCCUUGAAGUUGCCCACAAUAUCACCUUUGGCAGGUAUGGUCAUCUGACAUGGGAGUGGAAGAGGGGAAUCCGUAGCUACUUGCAUCCUUUGUUGUUUGCUUUUCUUUACAAAGUUCUUGCUUUACUCGGCAUUGAUACUCCAUUGAUCAUGAUAAAAGCUCCGAGGCUGUUGCAAUCUAUAUUCUCAGCUGUUGGUGAUUUUUACUUGUACAGACUCUCCGGUGCUCUCUUUGGUGAUUAUGUUGCAAAAUGGGCUCUGUUUUCCCAACUUACAAACUGGUUUAUGUUCUUCUGCUUCAACCGAACUCUAUCAAACAGCUUAGAGACCGUUCUAACACUUGCCAGCUUGUACUAUUGGCCUUGUAUAAGUGUUGCUACCACCAGAUAUUCCAAGGUUUCAAGGAAGUUGGCUCUGUUUAUGGCAGCUCUAUCAUGCGCUAUUCGACCAACAAGUGCGGCUACUUGGCUGUAUGUUGGUCUGCUUGAGCUGUUUUCAGCACAUGAUCGACUUAGAUUUAUUUUCUUAGAGGCUGCUCCUAUUGGGUCGUUGGUGCUUGGGAUUACGUUUUUGUUAGAUAGAUUAAUGUACGGCUCCUGGAUAUUGGUCCCUUUUAAUUUUCUGAAGUUCAACGUUCUUUCCUCUGGAGGAGAUUUUUAUGGAACUCAUAAAUGGCACUGGUACUUCACCCAGGGGUUUACUGCCAUGCUCUUCAGUUUCAUUCCAUUUUCCAUUUCUGGCAUCAUCACCUCAAAAAGAUGGAAACUCUCCGGUCUUAUCAUUUGGGUUCUGGGAAUUCAUAGUCUACUUGGUCAUAAAGAGUUCAGGUUUGUCCUUCCCAUUCUUCCAAUAGCAUUGAUGUUCUCUGGCUAUUCAUUAGCUGCCCUUAGAUAUCAUGCUUCUCCGAAUGGUAAAAGGGAAAAAUCACGAGACUUGCACACAAAACGCCCUAUGAAAAUGAAUUUGGCCAUAAUACUUUUGCUAGCUACAAAUAUCCCAAUGGGUUUAUACAUGAGUUUGGUUCAUCAGAGAGGAACAGAGGAUGUAAUGAAUCAUCUGGCCAGAGAAGCUGCGACUGAGAAAGUCAAAAGGAUCCUUUUUCUGAUGCCCUGCCAUUCGACGCCUUACUAUUCCACUCUGCACCGAAACUUACCAAUGCAGUUUCUAGACUGCACACCGAGCGAAGAGAACAGGAUCCCAGUCGAGUCGGACCGUUUCUUGACGAAUCCACUUGCUUUUGCAACAGAAUUUGCUAAAAAUUGGACAGUCCCAAGUCACAUUGUAUUGUUUGAUUCAGAAGAGAGAGUACUGAAGGAGUUUCUGAUAUCACAUUCUUUCAAGGAGGAUAAAAGGUUCUUCCAUUCUCACUUCAAGGUGGACCGUGAUCUUCAAUCUUCGGUGGUUUUAUAUGUCAUGACGGUUUAAUCUGACCAACUUACCAUUUUCUUUUUCUCGAUGAAGAUUAAUUUUUAAUAGAUGCUUUUCUUUCUCCAUCAACAAAUUUUGUGAGAAUAUUAGUGGUUUCGAGUUGUAUAUUCCCAUGCUACAUCCUUUAUUGUUACUAUAUUUAUAUACCAAUUAAUGUACUUUUAACCUUUUAUAAAUAUUAAAUGUUCCAAAACUA